ACAUGAAUUAUUCAUUCUAUUUUUAAGAGAACUGUAGAGUUUUGAGAAUACUGAAAACAUCAUCAUUCUUAUGUGUAUAUAUACUGGAUGUGUUCAACUGUUAAUGCUGGUACUCCUCGACAGAUUACCUUGGAAGGUUUUCAUUCAUUUUGAAACUUGCUUUCGAAAGGAAUUUCAAUAUCUGUAAAUGAAAAUAUUCUCAUACUAUAAUGUCAUUGUGGUAGAAGUAGACUGAAUAACACUCCACAUUUUCCACGAUUCAACCACAAUCAUAAAAAUGCCAUUGCCAUCCACUACUCAUCUCAAUCUCCCAGCAUUAUGGUUAAGGAGGUGCUGGACAUUCUUCUUGUUACACACAAUCCCCCUGAAAACUUCUCUACAUAUCUUCAACUAUCGCAGACCUGUUUCCUCAAGAACGCGCUUUCACAAGGGAAAAAAAUGCACUCUUUCAUUGCUCACAGGCGAUUUGCAUUUGCUACAAGCACAAUUUUUCAUAAUAAGCUUAUUCACAUGUAUGUCAAGUCCGGAAGUUUGGAAGAUGCCCGCAAAGUAUUUGACCAUAUGAAAGAUCGAGACACCAUAUCAUGGAAUACGAUUAUUGCAGCGUACAGAAGACAUGGGUUUCCUGACGAGGCAGUCACACUGUUUCACCAUAUGGAAGAAACAGGUUUCCAACCCGAUCGAUUUACAUUUGCCAGCGUAUUCCCGGCCUGCGCCCAAAUGGGAGCUUUCGAACAGGGGAUGAAUAUCCAUAAAGGCAUAAAGGAUAGAGGAAUCUUGGCAGAUGAUGUUGUUGCAACUGCCCUGGUAGACAUGUAUGCAAAAUGCGGAAACAUAGACAAGGCGCGUGAACUGUUCGACAGAAUUCCGCAAAAAGAUGGGUUUACUUGGACUGCAAUGAUUGGUGGCUAUGCACAAAAUGGAUUGGUUGAAAAAGCUUUAGAAACUUUCAAGCAAAUGCAAUUGAUAGGUGUAAAGCCAGACUCUGCAACCUUUGCCAGCAUCCUCCCUGCCUGUGCCAAAAUGAAAGCUUUGGAAGAGGGUAUGGAUAUCCAUCAAAGCAUAAAGGAUAGAGGAAUUCUGUCAGAUGUUGUAGUUGCAACUGCUCUGGUAGACAUGUAUGCAAAAUGUGGAAGGAUAGAUAAAGCACGUGAACUGUUUGACAAAAUGCCUCAAAGAAAUGUUAUCUCAUGGAAUGCCAUGAUUGCAGGAUAUGUACAAAAUGGAGUUGUUGAAAAAGCUUUAGAGAUUUUCAAGCAAAUGCAAUUGGUAGGUGUAAAGCCAAACUCCACAACAAUUGCCAGCAUUCUUCCUGCCUGUGCCAAAAUGGGAGCUUUGGAACAGGGUAUGGACAUUCAUCAAAACAUAAAGGAUGAAGCAGUUCUGUCAAGUCCUGCAGUUGCAACUGCCCUGGUAGACAUGUAUGGAAAAUGUGGAAGCCUAGACAAAGCACGUGAACUGUUUGACAGAAUGCCCGAAAGAGAUGUGUUUUCGUGGACUGCAAUGGUUGCAGGCUAUGCUCAAAAUGGAUUUGUUGAAAAGGCUUUAGAAACUUUCAAGCAAAUGCGAUUGGCAGGUGUGAAGCCAGACUCCUCAACCUUUGCCAGCAUCCUCCCUGCCUGUGCCAAAAUGGGAGCUUUAGAACAAGGUAUGGACAUCCAUCAAAGCAUAAAGGAUAGGGAAAUUUUGUCAGAUGAUACAGUUGCAACUGCCCUGGUAGACAUGUAUGCAAAAUGUGGAAGCAUAGACAAGGCACGUGAACUGUUUGACGAAAUGCCUCAAAAAGAUGUCAUCUCAUGGACUGUAAUGGUUACAGGAUAUGCACAAAAUGGAUUUGUUGAAAAGGCUUUAGAAACUUUCAAGCAAAUGCAAUUGGCAGGUGUAAAGCCAAAUUCCACAACCUUUGCUUGUAUUCUAUGUGCUUGCAGCCAUGCAGGUUUAGUGGAUGAGGGCUGUACAUACUUCAAUCAAAUGAGUAACCCUUAUUGCAUUACACAUACAAUUGAUCAUUAUAUCUGCAUUGUUGACGUUCUUGCCCGUGCUGGAUAUCUUGAGGACACCCUAAACUUUAUCGUUAAGAUGCCAGUUAAGCCUGUGGUGAUUGUCUGGAUGUGUUUUCUUGGUGCCUGUAGAUCACAUGUGAAUUUAGGCUUAGGACUGUUUACAGCGAUGCUGCUUUUUGAAAUGGAUCCUAAAAAUGCCGCAACUUAUGUUCUUCUCUCAAACAUCUAUGCAGAAGUGGGCAGGUGGGCCGAGGUUCGAAUGGUAAGGAGAUUGAUGAGAGAUAGAGGAAUUAAAAAGAUACCUGGAUGUAGUUGGAUUGAAGGCCAAAAAAUGGUACAUGCUUUCUGUGCAGGGGACAGAUCACAUCCACAGACACAGGAGAUCUAUGCAAAGUUGGAGGAAUUGUCUUGGGAGAUGAGAGUAGCAGGGUAUUUUUCAGAUUCAAGACAUUUACUUAAUGACGUUGAAGAAGAGGAAAAAGACUUAUUUCUCUGCCACCAUAGUGAAAAGUUGGCAAUUGCAUUUGGUUUGUUAAACACAUUCCCUGGUACAAGCAUUAGAGUUGUUAAGAACCUUCGGGUAUGUGCUGAUUGCCAUACUGCAACAAAAUUUAUCUCCAGGAUUGUUGAAAGAGAAAUUGUUGUGAGAGAUGUUAACCGUUUCCAUCACUUUAAACAGGGAGAAUGUUCUUGUGGAGAUUAUUGGUGAUGCUUAAUGAAACAAUCUGAAAAAUAGGCUUGCACUGUAAUAAUGUGUUCCAUGUCAGACCUGCAGUAAUAAUACGAAGGGACAAUGUUUUAUGCAGAUUAUAGAAAGCUUUUUUUGAGUAAUGGGCAAUCUAGAUCAUAUUAUCAGCUUCAUAAAACUAGAUGCAUGGGGUGCAUUGCAGAUAACUAUUUAUACACACUUGGGUAUCUGUCAAAGACCUGCUUUAUGACAACCUGGCCAUUUCAUUGAAUUGUUUUCACUGAACUUUCAAAUGAAUGAAAUGAAAACCUGGAGGAGAAAGUGGAGAAAGGAUGAAAAACAAAAGAUGAAGAAUAUUUCAAGUAAAUGAAAAGAUGCUUGACCAGUAGUAGCAAAUGAGAGAGGACUCUCAAUUGCUCUUGUUAUUGUAUAGUUCUUUUAUUUGGAUAUUUGUAUUCUCUUUUAUUUAUGUUAGGGAAAUCAUUCGAGAUUAAAUUACAUGAUCCAAA